AUGUCCGACGUGAACCUUACGAUCUUCGAAGGAUACUGUGCGUGGCUGUACACCGGAAACGUUUUAUAUCAUGGGAAGUAUCAGCGCUACCUUUAUCUCGCUUGUCUUUAUGUCGUGGGGGAAAGACUCAUGGACACUGCCUUCCAGGAUGUCAUCGGCGCCGCUUUCAUCAGUCGUCAGAAACAUAUCAACAACAGAUUUCCUGGGAAUACAAUGAUACAGACAAAUUACGCUAGUACCUUUGAAAACUCGCCCGCGCGACGCCUGAUGGUAGACUUCUGGGUGUUUGGUGCUAAAUCAAUAUGGAUUGGGCUUACAGAUUUGAUUGAGAAUAUUUGCCCCGACCUCGUCAACGAUCUGGUCCGCGGGCUCAUUGCGAAGCGAGGCGCACCCGACGGCUUCGUGCAGAGGCUCUGGCUCGCGAAUCCUGAAUCUUACCGUGUUGGUAGCAAGGAAACUAAGUAA